AUGCCGUUUUUCCCGUAUCUCGACGACAGACUCGGCGCCCCGGUCACAGAAGAACAAGGCUACAGUUUUCCUCUGUACUGGCAUGAGAAAGAAUGGGACGAUGACAUGCACCUGCCGAUGGUCGACGAUGACAAGAACUUCAAGCCCACACUACGGGAGCGCUUCUCACGAAGAAAUCUGCAGGAUACGCUCGGUCUGGUGCUCAUGAUAGUUGGUCUGCUCAGCGUUUUCAUCAUGUUGCCCGUACUCAGCUGGUCAGGCAUAAACAUCAUCGGAUACAAUGAUACGCCACUAGACCAGAUGUGGGGAUAUGGCGACAACGAAGUGACGUGGGCAACAGUCAAUGCUAGUCGGAAAUGGCCGCUUCUGAAGAAUAUGCGUACUGGUCUGAUCGACCCAGACACACCCAAAGCAGAGAGAACGAGAGUCGGUGUCAAUGGCGAUAAGCUCAAUCUGGUUUUCAGCGACGAAUUCAACGAUAUCAACAGGACGUUCUACCCUGGCGAUGAUCCAUAUUGGUUCGCUCCAGACAUUUGGUACGGAGCGACCAGAGAUCUCGAGUGGUAUGAUCCGGAUGCGGUUAAUACAUGGGACGGAGCUCUACAUCUUCAACUCGACGCCUUUGGUAACCACGGUCUCCAAUUCCGCAGUGGCAUGUUGAACUCAUGGAACCAACUAUGUUUCAAGGGAGGAAUGAUGGAAGUCUCGGUGAGUUUGCCCGGUCCUGCUGGUGUGCAUGCCCUAUGGCCAGGCGCCUGGAGUCUCGGCAACCUCGGUCGACCUGGAUAUCUAGCUACGACGGACGGUACAUGGCCAUACACCUACGACGACUGCGAUGCCGGAAUAACCCCGAACCAAUCUGACAGUAGUGGUAUGAACAAGCUACCGGGACAGAAGCUUGCCAACUGCGUAUGUCCGGGCCAAGAUCACCCCACUCCAGGCAAAGGACGUGGAGCUCCUGAGAUCGAUGUCAUUGAGGUGUCAGCCGAUUAUUCUGGACUUGGUCUUGGUGUGGCAACUCAAAGUUAUCAGAUUGCUCCCUUCGAUGUCUGGUGGUAUCCUGACGCAAAUUUCAUGGAGAUCCCGGAUUACAGCCUUUCUUUCUUGAAUACAUGGACAGGAGGACCGUUUCAACAAGCAGUGUCUACAACCACGAUGUUGAACAACGGUUGGUACGAUGGAAAGGCAUAUCAGCGGUACGCCUUCGAGUAUGUGCCCGGAGUUACGGAAGAUAGUUUCAUUGCGUGGACGGUUGCUGGACAAGAGAUGAUGAAGUUUGAUGCUAGAGCGAUUGGACCGAAUGGUAACGUUGGACAGAGGAUCAUCAGCGAAGAGCCAAUGUCGAUGAUCCUCAACCUGGGUAUCUCUGAGAACUGGGUAGCGAUCAACUGGACAGCCGUGUCGUUCCCAGCAAUCAUGCGCGUUGACUAUGUAAGAAUCUACCAGAAAGAGGGCGAGGAGAGUGUGACGUGCGACCCGCCGGGCUUCGAGACGACCGAGUACAUCAAAAGCCACCCAGAGGCAUACGAAAACCCUAAUUACACGACUUGGGGCGAUACUGGGUAUGAAUGGCCUCGCAAUUCAUUGAUGCAUGGUUGUUGA